AUGCCGGCACGGAGGAGCUCGGGGUCGGCCUGCACGAAGAAAAAUGCGGGGGAGUGCGCCCCUCAAUCACAAACUGCGCCUGCGAAUUUGCCUCCUGCCAACAGCGUGCUGCAGGAACUGCUGAUGGACCUCGGCCUCACCGAAACCGCUAAAAUGCUGGAGGAAGAAAGUUGCCGGAGGCUACAGUUUUUGACCAGCGCCACCGUGGAGCACAGCAACUUCUGUGGCAAUGGAGUACAGACUUUGGACGUAGCGAAUACGGGAGAAAAGAGUGCCAGGGGAAAUCCGAAGGAGGCCAAGACAACAUUGGAGCCCAAAGGCAAGGAUGGAAACGGUAGCUCCUUAAAUGUGGCAUGCAAAACAGAGGGCGGAACAGAGACGCAGCAACCUUCUUCUCAGCCAGAUACGGCUAGGACGGCCUUUUUAUGGAAUUUCAUGCAUCGAAAAACUGGAGGCGACGAUGAAACAAAAAAUGCGGGUGCUCUUCAGGAGCUCUGUCGCAUCGGGAUUGCUCUACCUGGCUGGGAUGCCGCUCGAGACACUACUACAGAUGGUGGCGACAACAGCAAUAACACCACUGAAUUGGUUGCUCUGACGCCUCACCUGCGAAAACUUUUUAAUGUUUUUUUGGAUGCUGAUAGUUGUGAAACGGAGCAUGGGGAGAAGAAAAGUGGAGCACAGUUAGCCGACAUCUUGCCCCCGGAAUGGGUAUCUCUUUUGGAAGUGUUUUUUUCUUAUGUUGAGGUGCUGUGGGCACAAAUUUGCCUGGUAGAAGCGGUAUCAUGGGCAGACUUCACAUCCCAAGGGUGGUUUCGCCACCGGAAAAAUAUUUUGGAGAGGCUUUCACUGCUGCAUGAAAAACUUCAGCGACUACUACUGGAUGCUCAUCAGCUGGAAAUUAAUAGACACCUCUUUGAAUCUUUCACUCCUUCCUGGGGUGAAAAUCAAAAAGCGGAUGGAUUAUUUAAUUCAGAAGAGAUCAAAAAGGACCCGUCACAAUUAUACUCCUCUGCCAAUGAGGUAAUGAUUACAACAAAGGAUAUACACAGCGGUAUCAUUGCAUUGUUCUGCCGUGGUGCUUCCACCUUCAGGAAGAACAUAGAAGAAGUUUCUACAUGGAUCAUACUUCACUGUGGGCAAUACAAUAAAAGGAUGGAGUCAAUUGAUGUUUCAGAAAGAAAAUUGAAGGAACCUAUCUCUUACACUGAAAGUGGUGAAACGUCUUCUUCAGAGGUCAAGACUGAAAUGGAAGGAAGUUCGGCAUGUAAGCCGUGGCAUAUGCUCAUGGGUGUGGUGCGGCGUGCAGUCCUUAUGGGAAGUGGGGAGGUGUCGGACGCAUCUUUUGACGCGGGUGAACCUUUAUUUAUGUCUAGUCCCGCACUCCUAUGGGCACAGAUAUUUCUUCGAAUACAAAUUCUUGCCUGGGUUGUUGGUUCCGUUGCAGAAUUCGCGGACGUGUGGCUGCAGAAUUCCCAGAGAUUUAUGGAAAUGACAAAUUGUAAGGCAGAAGGACGUCAUGAGACUAGACGGAGGCUUUCCAUUGUCUCUGCUUCGUUAGGAUUUUGGUACCAAAAUUGCGCGGCGCAGAUUUCUGAAAUUAUAGACGGUACCAAGGGAAUCCGCAAAGAUUCCCCGUCCUAUCCUGAUAAUGGUCAAGGGAAGGGUCAAUCACAGCGUCUACCACGCUCGCGUCGUGCGAAGAUGGCCGAUGAAAAAGAGAACAUUGGGUUUACUCUUGUGAAUACACUGAAGAGGGCCGUCCACGAAUAUCUUGCGGGCACAACAACAUUAAUGGCACCGCUUCGCCUUUCACUUCUGGGUCAUGAAUGGCAAAGUGGAACGGGCGCGAACUUGCCAAACCAUAAGGAAGUUUGUGGCACACCUUAUUUACACGAUAACAUGAAGAAUGAGGUUGAUAUUCACAUGGCUCUUUUACAUGUGUUGGCCACCGGGCAGCCAUAUCAGCUGGGCCGGGCUCCUAAGCCACGACGGACGCCGCUUUAUUUUCUUCUAAAGAAGGUUCUAAGCGCACCGAAGAUACUUCUGGAUCUUCAGAACGAACGUGUGUCUGCGGAUAUUCAACUACGAUCCAUGGAAAACCCGGCUGCAAACAUGUUUUUGAUGAGCUCACAAAGAAAUGGUGUUGCAUCGAAAUUUUUUCCUAACGGAAACCAGGGAAGACCAACUCAAAGUGAAAAGGCAAUGAAUGAGCCUGUUACAGUGCGAACCUAUGAGGGGGAAAUCUCCGUAUCAGGAGAAGCUACGUCUGGCUUCUUGGACUCACAGCAAGUUCUCUCCGGUGGCACCGGAAUUGGUGCUGUUUUGCCAGGAAUUUCGGAAGAAUCCGUUGAGCCCUUCAUGUUUCCUACGCUUUCUCUGCCGAUUCACUUUCAGGCGCUGGUAAACCGUAUGGCUCAUCAGGCGAAUGAAUUCACGCAGUCCGAAGGGAGUGCCUCAGUUGGAUCCGAUGAAGAAGCUGUGAGUUCAACAGAAUACAAUCUUGAUCGUCCAUCCGAUGUGAUUUUGAAUGAAGUGCAGAUUGUUUCUGUGACGCCUUGUGGAUCUCUCUUGGCCCUUUUAACGACAAGGAGUAGAUUGGUGGUGUUUGCGCUUCGCGCUGCGAAUGGUCUAAACCAGAUGAAUUUUAAUGAUCAGUUACAGGAUUCAUUUUGCGAGCAACUUGUACUGGAUGUCGUUCUGAUGAAAGGCUUGAAGGAUCCGUACUGGUAUGAACAAUUGGAGUCGUUUUUGUCGUUUUCUCCAUCUGGGCAGUUUCUUCUUUGUUCGGUGCAAAAUGCUCCACCGUUUGUGCCGGAAGGGGAUGAGGCAAGCCGUUCCCAUCAUGCGACGACGGGUAAAGUAUUCCUCUAUUCGCUGCACCGCGCAGAAUGUGGCCAAAUUGAUGCGUCGGAUGUGUCCCGCCACAGUGCAGUUGGCGAGGAAGAGCGUCUUUACGCUGCGUUUCGGAUUCAUAAGACGCUUAUCACAGUUGCACGUUGGUUGGAUCCUCGCUUUUGGCGGGGCAAUUCGUCGUCCAGUGUUAUUCCGCUGGAAGAAGGCAGUCCUCUGUGGAAACACGAGGCUCAACGACGCCUCGCUGCACUGCAGUGCCUUUCGUCCGGUAGAGACAAUCUUAUUCUUCGUUGGUCGCCCGCCGACGGCUCGAUUAUUCAGAGCAUAGCCACUUUUCCCGUGUUUGAUAUUUUGGUCUCGCCCCUGAUGCAGGCGUUUUACACAAUCAAUCAAUAUGGCCAGCUUUCCAUGUAUGACGCUUGGAAUGAGCGCGACAUUGAAAGUGCAAAAGACAACGUCGUGGUCGUAUCCCAGCGUGGUCUUCCCGCUGCACUUGCCGCAAUGCAAUCUUCUACUGACCUUCGGGAAAGGAGUUUCACUCAAAAAUCAGCAGCUCCCGUUAAAGAUGGGGAAAUGCAAGAUGCUUUUUUUGUGGGGACGCGCAUAAUUGGUUUUGAUCGGCGUUCAUUGGCGCGUGGUGGGACUGAACGUGAAUCAGCAGUGUCACGGAUGUCGCGGCUCGUACAGGAGAAGGGUCUUCCAGCGGGGACAGAGACGAAAGAGGGAAAUCGUUUGGGUCGUCGUAUCGUGCAGCAGCUGCUGCGUCAGGAUGGAGACCACCUAGUUCCACAUACGUUGGCUGUAAUAGAGCCUUCCUCCGGCUCCGACAAAGACUUUGAUGAUGAUGAUGAUGAUUACAAUGAUGAUUAUAAUCACGACGGCCAAGGUACGAGAGGACACAGAAACCAUCAAGGAAAUACUAAUGGGGGCGUUGGUGGUGGGUUUAAUUCCCUGCCGUUUCUUCGUGCACGUCACUUUAGAGGUGAGGGGAAGAAAUUGCCCACGCCAAGUAAUGAAACAAGAGGAAAUAAUGACGCCUCUAUUUCUGGGGAAGCCGUUCUCUACCGGACAGGAUCUCGUUUGGUGUUUGAAGAAAUUUCACAGGUACUGUGCCAGAGUGCAUGUAUUUGGCCAGGAACUCAGGAACCCAGAUAUGCCCCACAACAACAACCAUAUCAGCUACUUAGCAUGGCAGCUUCCGGACACCCUUUGUGGAGUGAAGGGGCUGAUGAAAGCUCAUCGACGUGUAAUGAGUUUAUUGUCCAUGAGAAGAAAAGGAAGUCGGCGAGCUCAUUACCCACAUUUAGCUAUUACACUGAUGUACCUAAAAGGCGGUCAAACAGUGACCAGAACCACCAACAACAAAGCAACAACCACAGCAGCGGCUACCAUAACAAUAUUGGGAAAUUGUCUCAGGUACUAGGAACUGCGGGUAGGAGUUCCAGUGGGAUGAAUAAUUCUCGUCGGUCUGAAAGGAACUUUGCAUUGACACCCGUUGCCGAAAACGGCCGUUACUUAUGUAUUACGGCCUCUGUUGGGCCAGCACGUGCGUUGGUUCCUUAUGACCGUCCUCUUGAGUACCGUGCAGGAAUGUAUGCUUGUCUGGUGUUUGAUGUACUCUAUGGUGGUGUUGUGCGUGUCAUCCCUGUUUGUCCGGUUCUUCCACGAACGGCGCUUACGGAGAACGGUGUAUCUCACUUCCACUCUUACACCAAGAGGGCUCCAAUCUACAUUUUGCCCUGUGCCGUCACUGUCGUAAGACAUCCACACCGGCAUCAAUCAGACGGGGUUUCAUCCUCAGCGUCAGCAUCUCGACGAACAAAUUGUAAUACAAUGGAAGGCAUGUCGGGUUUAAGUUACCCACUCUGCUUGCAGGAGGAGAAGGAAGGAAAGGAGGAGGAAGAGAUGAGGAAUGAAGAUAAAAGCGGUCAUGAGAUUGCCGAUAGAAACAGUGAUAAUAAUGGUGAUUCAAUGGUGCUUGUCGCAGUGGGUGCUCUUCACAGCACGACAUACGUUUUUGAUGCAUUAACGGGGUCUCGCGUAAAGGUGAUAGGUCUGAGAAAGCAGACGGGCUUAACCAACGCUCUUAAUUCGGCCCAAACACGGCUUCCGAUAAAAAGAGCACGCUGCUCUUAUGUUUCCUUGGCUGACCUUGGUGUGUUCAGUAAUUGUCAAUCGCAAAGAGAUGAUGGAAAUGACGAUGACGAUUCGGGAAGCAGAAACGAUGAUGAAAGCAGCACGACUUCAAGUGAAUUGCCCUCACCAUUUGGUGACGAGCAGUAUGGCUAUCAACGUCAAUUACUGCUUAACCAUCUGGUGGAACAGCACGGGAUGGACACUUUAUUGAGAGCUGCGACGGAGUUGUUGCGAGUUGUUCCUCUUCCCUUUCCCCCGCUUUCUGAGAAACUCCAAGAAAAUUGUAUUCCGCGUCUUUCAGAGGGUCACCGAAGCAAUGGAUGCUCACGACAGCAAGCGCAUGGUCAUUGUGGUGCUCCGGAUAGUGCUUCUUCAAUUUUGUCUUUUCCUUCGUCAUUGCCAUAUUUGAAAUUGAUGAUGUCUUGUCCUUCAUUUUUGGGUCAGCUGCAAAUGGCAUUGGGAGGCGUUUCUCUGGCAAAUGGGUUUCAGUCUGCGGCCUCCCGUUCCGAUGCUGAGGGGAAAGCUAACACCGCUACGCUUUUUUACGACGUGCCCUUUGCCCACGUUGCACAGAGGGAACUGUGCCAGGCAUUGUUAUCCAACGAGACACCGAUGUCAGUGGGAGAAAAUGGCCUGCCAUCCACAGGCGAUGUCGCCCCUGCUGUGGCUGCGAAUACUUCCAUGAAUUCCGCGUCAAAGCCGCAAAAAAGGUUUCUUUGUGGUGUUGUGAAUAGCGUGGCGUUGUUUUACGACCACGUGAAGGGUGGCGUGUUUGUUUUUUCUAGUGACGAGUACGGUGGGCUCUUCAUGGCGGGUGGCUUGAUUCCAUCCCGCGUCUAA